AUGCGCCUGCUGUAUCUGUGGCCUCUUCUCGCGCUCGUGGCCCUCGUUGCGGGCCAGACGACAGUCAACUGCCCGAAUCCUCGUGUGCGCAAGGCCUGGAGCGCGUUUUCGCAGACCGAGAAGAGCACUUACAUCGACGCUGUGAGCUUGGCGAUGAAGAACGGGCUGCAUCAACGCUUCGUCGAGGUCCACAUGCACCCCGCGUCCGAGCGCGAAGCCCACGCGUGCAUGUUCAUCUACUGGCACCGUGCGUUCUUGCUCGCGUACGAAAACAUGCUGCGGUCGCUUGGCGCGCAGUUUGCUUGCGUGACGCUUCCGUUUUGGGACUACCCACGCCUUGGCGCCAACUUUGCCGACCGGCAGUGUCGCAGUAUGCUCGAAUGCAGUGAUCUCCUCCAGGACUUUGGUGGCUCCCUACCCCGAGACAGAAACGGUGUCCGCAGCCAUACGGUGAGCGGUGUUUCGUUCAGGUCGGACAACUGCGUCUCGUCGCGCAUGACCGAGAACUUUUGCGAGAGCACGGCCGCGUUCAACCGGAAGCAGUGUCUCGGCUGCAUGCCCCGAAACGACUGGUCCCGGGCUCCCGUGCCGGCGGAAGUGAACCUUCAGAGCAUCUACAACAGUGUUCUCGGCAACGGUCGCCAGACACUUGAAGGCGUCACGGCCGGCAUCCAGUAUGGCGCACACAACAUGGUACACGGCGCCCUCGGCUCUGUCAUGGGCACGUUUGCGUCGCCCGCCGACCCUGUCUUCUACGCCCAUCAUACCAUGAUCGAUGCGCUGCACACCGUCUACUACGAUUGCGCUGUGCGCAAUGCGGUGAUCAGAGACCGCACGAGAGACCCUCGGACGUGGACGUCUUGCCGCAACUACUUUGGCAGGACGAUCUUGCCCACCGACGUGAUCAUGAUGCAAGUCUCGGGGAGAGACGGGAGAUUUACAUCGGUGUGGAACGCGGCCAACAACCCGCUCUACGACUUCUUCAAGGAUCUGCCCCAACGGUACAUUGAUUACGCGGACACCCUCGGCAUCGCCAAGCACCAGUACCAGUACACGUUUCAAGGCACCACACUCGCGGACAUGAACACCCAGUGCUACCGCUUCCAGGCGACCAGGCGCUUGCUCGCUGAAGAGUCCGCAGGCUACCCGUCGCAAGCGUCCGUGUAUGGCGUGGUGAAGGACCCGAAACAGUGCCUCGCGAAGCAAGCGAACUGGAUGGCCGACGCGACGGCCCUCGCGUCCAAAUUCUACAAGAACCCGAGCGACGUCAACAACCAAGUACAGAUGAUGCUAUGCGUCUACUACAACGAAUGCCUCGGCGGCGUCUUCGACUACUCUGAUACGUUCAAGGAGAACUUCCGUGCCCUCGUCAAGCCGCCGUGCCGCCAAGUCAUCGACGACCUGGCACGCAACGAUUGUAUCAUUGGAGUCGUCGGCUGGGAAAAGGUGCUCCUGAAGUCCUAUACGUGCAACAGCCCGUCCAGGGAGUUUGCGUGA